UAUCGGCUGUGGAUACUUGUUGCUCCUGAAUAUAACAACGGAUGACAACUACAUGGAUUUAUCAACACUGACAUUCAAAUUCGUGCCGACUCUUCAAAUAACUUCGAUUAACAAGAAAUAGCCCGAAUAAUAUGCAUUUAUUAUGUGCCCACAACACAAAAAACUCACUUGCUAGAUAGUUCAAGAUGCACACAGACACGUGCCACCGCAGUUGCCCAAUAUAUUCGCGUAUUUAAGGGCGAGCAGCAUUCAUCCAAAGGCACUUGUGUCUGUCAGUUGCAAACCAAAGCAGUUAUGAAUCUUCCAUUAACCAUCAUUUGGUUGGGCUGCAUCUGUGCAGGCAGUGCCCAAAGUAUCGAGCGACUGCUAGCAGAGAGCACUAAGGAGUUAAAUGAAACUAAGGCGCUUUUACGUCACAUCGAUGCCACAAACGAAAACAUUAGAAACAUCAUCGAACAGCAACGCGGCUGGCUGGAUGCGAUCAAAAAUGUAGAUGGCCAACUGAACAAACUUAACCUUUUUCUCGAUGCGCAAUCUGUGGUCGUUCAGGAGGCAUUCAAUAACAUCACACUUAAGUCUGCUAUUCAUGCUGAUCGUGUGUCCAAAGAAUUGGGAGGCUUGGCCCGUCUGCAGAUCUCAACAAAGCAACAAAUUAGCGGGUUGGAGAAAAAACUGGAUGGGUAUCAGAAACACGUACUACAGAAUACACGCAGCAUUGAGAACAAUAUAUUAGAUCUGACAAAAUUAAUAACGCGCGCUGUACUGCCGCAAUUGAAUGGACUUCAGUGUUCAUUUGAUAGCCUGGAGACAUCCCAAAUCAACAUCGAGGUGGAACUGAAGAGCUUGGCGCGCCUCAAGGAGAUUAGCGAGGAUUCUAAUCUCAAGUUGAUCACAUUGGCUAGUAAGCUGAUUAGCUUGAAUCGCACACAGGACACCCAGUUUGAGAAGUUAGCGCAUGCAGUGUCCCAGCUGAAACCUCUAAAUUCCUGGCAAAUUGAGAGUGCUCUUCGAGAGUUGAUCGUGUCCCAAAAAAGAAUCGAGUUGGAUUUGGAGGCAUGCGAUCGGCGUCCAAAAUAUCAUUAUGACAAGCAUUCUAGCCCUUCUUCCCGUCCCUCCUAUGAAGUUGAGUCAGUCGAUAUAGCUCCUCCUCCACAAUCACAAGUCCGGAGCCAUAAGGAACCCAAUCAGCAGAGCUCUUACUACGCCAGCGUCUAUUCCCAAGUACCUUCCUCUAAGCCAAUACCCGGUAAACCAAGAAAUCCCAACUACAGUUCUUAUGUAGCCGUACCUGCAACCAGUUCCAGCUUCAGUUCUAGUUCCGUCUCUUGGCAGCAACCUUUGCCUUGGGAAACUGUGCCUGCUUAUCAAUCCACUCCAGCGGUCGUGUCCAAACUAAGACCUAAUCCCCCCAUCUGGUCUCCUACGUCACACAAACCUUACCAGCCCGCUCCUGCAUCUGCUCCAGAGCGCAAGAGACCUGCUCCUUAUCCGCAGCCAUGUGCCCAGAAUCAGUAUUCGCAGCAUCCACCGCGCCACUUGGGUUCCUCUCCACCUAAAUCCUAUGCUCCUCUAGCACACGACGUGACUUCAAAUAAACGUUAUUCAUUCUGGCACGGCAGCAACUCCCCAUCGGAAGGGUACUAAGACCUCAAAUUGAUAUUUUGUGAAUUUGAUGAAUGUGAUUUUACGGCACACGAU